UACAUGAGAAAGGAAACCCACAAUCACGUGGCCAUCCCCACCAUUUUUAUACCAUUCCUUCAAUCUCUCUCUGUGCCCACCGAAUUCCAACUCCAUUGUCGAAUUGCACAACAAAGAAAGUUAUACAAAUCGACGGAAACUCAACCAAAAAAAUCUAACUCCUUUUUUAUUUUCUUUCUCAUUACUAUUUCCAAUUCACCAAUGGCCACAUAACAACAACAAACAACACCCAGAUCAGCUACCCAUUAACACACGGUAGAUUUUUCGCUUCACAGUUUGUAUUAUUGAUAUUUUCAUAUCAAACACUUUGCAACGAAGACAACCCAAUAAUGGUAUCCGGUGGCAGAGCAACUUCACAGUCUCAGCAACACCACCAAACCCAUAGUCACCACCACCCACUAUCAGCUGCCGCGGCGGCGCAGUCGUCGGGUACUAGUAAUAUAAGGGCUCAUAACACCGAGUCUUUAAGUAAGGCAAUUGCUCAGUAUACAGUAGAUGCUCAGUUACAUGCUGUUUAUGAACAGUCAGGAGAGUCAGGUAAAUCGUUUGAUUACUCACAGUCGGUGAAAACCAGUAAUUUAUCAGUUCCCGAGCAGCAAAUUACUGCUUACUUGUCGAAAAUCCAACGUGGCGGCCAAAUUCAGCCGUUUGGUUGUAUGAUCGCUGUGGAUGAGGGUUCUUUUCGGGUUAUUGCGUAUAGCGAAAACGCCAGUGAACUGCUUGGUUUAAUGCCUCAGUCAGUUCCUUCACUUGAAAAGCCUGAUAUUCUUUGUAUUGGUGCUGAUGUCCGUACUCUAUUUGCUCAUUCUAGCUCUGUUUUGCUUGAAAAGGCAUUUGGUGCUAGAGAAAUUACGCUGUUGAACCCGCUUUGGAUUCAUUCCAAGAAUUCGGGGAAGCCCUUUUAUGCAAUUUUGCAUAGGAUUGAUGUUGGGAUUGUUGUUGAUUUAGAGCCUGCUCGAACUGAGGAUCCCGCUUUGUCUAUAGCGGGUGCCGUUCAGUCUCAGAAGCUCGCUGUUCGAGCUAUUUCGCGGUUACAGUCGCUUCCUGGUGGGGAUAUUAAGCUUUUGUGUGAUUCUGUAGUUGAGUGUGUUAGGGAGCUUACUGGGUAUGAUAGGGUUAUGGUUUAUAAGUUUCAUGAUGAUGAACAUGGUGAAGUUCUUGCUGAGAGUAAGAGGUCUGAUUUAGAACCAUAUAUUGGUUUGCAUUAUCCUGCGACAGAUAUUCCUCAGGCGUCCAGGUUUUUGUUUAAGCAGAGUAGGGUUAGGAUGAUAGUUGAUUGCCAUGCUACUCCUGUUAAUGUUAUUCAACAUGAGGCGUUAAUGCAUCCUUUGUGUUUGGUUGGUUCGACUCUUCGUGCUCCUCAUGGUUGUCAUGCUCAAUAUAUGGAAAAUAUGGGGUCAAAAGCUUCAUUGGCUAUGGCUGUUAUUAUUAAUGGAAAUGAUGACGAGGCUGUUGGUGGGAGGAGUUCUAUGAGGCUUUGGGGUUUGGUUGUUUGUCAUCACACUUCUGCUAGGAGUAUUCCGUUUCCACUUCGUUAUGCUUGUGAAUUCCUUAUGCAGGCUUUUGGACUUCAGUUGAAUAUGGAGCUGCAAUUGGCGUCACAACUGUCGGAGAAGCGUGUUUUGAGGACUCAAACACUCUUGUGCGAUAUGCUUCUGCGCGACUCUCCUACUGGCAUUGUUACUCAGAGUCCAAGUAUUAUGGACCUUGCGAAGUGUGACGGGGCAGCACUUUUUUACAAAGGUAAGUAUUACCCACUAGGUGUGACCCCAACAGAGGCUCAAAUAAAAGAUAUUGUGGAGUGGUUGUUGGCAUUUCAUGGAGACUCAACAGGUUUGAGCACAGACAGUUUGGCUGAUGCUGGGUAUCCUGGGGCAGCCUCACUUGGUGAUGCAGUUUGUGGUAUGGCUGUUGCUUGCAUCACUAAGAAGGAUUUCCUGUUCUGGUUCCGUUCUCACACUGCAAAGGAGAUCAAAUGGGGUGGUGCAAAGCAUCAUCCUGAGGACAAGGAUGAUGGUCAGAGGAUGCAUCCCCGUUCUUCCUUCAAGGCAUUCCUGGAAGUUGUGAAGAGUCGGAGUUUACCAUGGGAGAACGCAGAGAUGGAUGCUAUUCACUCUUUGCAGCUUAUUCUUCGAGACUCAUUCAAACAUGCUGAAGAAACCAACUCUCAGGCAAUUGCAGAUGCCCAGCUUAGGGAUAUGGACUUGCAAGGGAUGGAUGAAAUCAGCUCAGUUGCAAGGGAAAUGGUUAGGUUAAUAGAGACUGCAACUGCUCCAAUAUUUGCCGUAGAUGUCAGCGGCUGCAUAAAUGGAUGGAAUGAAAAGGCUGCUGAGUUGACAGGGCUCUCAAUUGAGGAAGCUAUGGGAAAGUCUUUGGUUCAUGAUCUUAUUUUUAAGGAAUAUGAAGAAACAGUUGACAAGCUUCUUCAUCAUGCUUUAAGAGGUAUAGAGGAUAAAAACAUAGAGAUAAAGAUGAGGACAUUUGGUUCUGAACAGGAAAAGAAGGCUGUUUUUGUGGUUGUAAAUGCUUGUUCGAGUAAAGACUACAUGAAUAAUAUAGUUGGAGUUUGCUUUGUUGGUCAGGAUAUUACUGCUCAAAAAGUGGUAAUGGAUAAAUUCAUCCAUAUCCAAGGUGAUUACAAGGCUAUUAUUCACAGCCCCAAUCCUCUGAUCCCUCCAAUAUUUGCUUCAGAUGAAAACACUUGCUGCUUGGAGUGGAACACUGCAAUGGAAAAGCUCACUGGGUGGACCCGAGAAGAAAUUAUUGGGAAGAUGUUGGUUGGGGAGGUUUUCGGCGGUUGCUGUCGGCUUAAGGGCCCUGAUGCAUUGACCAAAUUUAUGAUUCUCUUGCACAAUGCAGUUGGAGGACAGGAUUCAGACAAGUUCCCAUUUUCCUUCUUUGAUCGCAAUGGAAAAUUUGUGCAAGCUCUUUUGACCGCAAACAAGAGGGUUGAUAUGAAAGGCCAGAUUAUCGGAGCCUUCUGCUUCUUGCAGAUUGCAAGUCCUGAGUUGCAACAAGCGUUAAAUGUCCAGAGGCAACAGGAGAAGAAAAAUUUCUCAAGGAUGAAAGAGUUGGCAUAUAUUUGCCAGGAAAUAAAGAAUCCUCUAAGUGGUAUACGGUUUACAAACUCUCUUUUGGACGCUACAGACUUGACUGAAGAUCAGAAACAAUUUCUUGAAACUAGUUGUGCUUGUGAGAAGCAGAUAUUGAAGAUCAUUCGAGAUGUUGAUCUGGAAAGCAUUGAGGAUGGUUCAUUGGAGUUUGAGAAGUCAGAGUUCUUCCUUGGAAGUGUCAUAAAUGCUGUUGUUAGCCAAGUAAUGCUAAAGCUGAGGGAAAGAAAUCUGCAAUUGAUUCGCGAUAUUCCUGAGGAAAUAAAAACUCUGGCUGUAUAUGGUGAUCAGGUGAGGGUUCAACAAGUGUUGGCUGAUUUCUUGUUAAACAUUGUACGUUAUGCACCAGCAUCAGACGGAUGGGUAGAGAUUCAUGUUUGUCCAACACUGAAGCAAAAUGCCGAUGGCCGCACUGUUGUGCAUGCAGAAUUCAGGAUGGUUUGUCCCGGGGAAGGCCUUCCGGCUGAAUUAGUUCAAGACAUGUUUCACACCAGUCGAUGGACAUCUCAAGAAGGUUUAGGUCUCGGCAUGUGCAGGAAGAUUUUGAAGCUUAUGCAAGGUGAAGUGCAGUAUAUCAGAGAGUCGGAAAGGUGUUAUUUCUUAGUUAUAUUGGAUCUUCCUAUAGUUGGAGAGAUUCCAAAACCGUAGAUGAUGACAUUUUGCCCUGGAGAUUUUAUCAAAGGGCUUUCACAAUUUUGACCUGCUGCCAUUUCUACACUACUCGACGACUGUCCUCAAAAUCCAGGUACACUUUUAUCAACCCCACCUGACAUCAACUAAUCUUUAGGUUACGAUACAGUUUCAUACCAUCCGUUUGAGCAUGUUUGAUACUUGUUCGUUGAAAUUGACCCAAAUUUCCUGCUGGGUAGUUUGCCUCGAAGUGUAAUGAUAGUGCUGAUAUGAUAAUGACGGACCUUAAAUAUGGUAGUCUGCUAUAUGAAGCAACAAAUGGAUCGCAUAAGAUUAUUGGAGGGAGGCUUCCAUGAAUAAUGAUCGUGCUGAUAUGAUAAUGACGGACCUUAAAUAUGGUAGUCUGCUAUAUGAAGCAACAAAUGGAUCGCAUAAGAUUAUCCGAGGGAGUCUUCCAUGAAUAAAGAGCGUGCAAAUGGAUUAAAUCCGAUCUCUCUCCUGCUGUAAGUAAACCCUUGUAUGUAUAUAUAUCAGACAUUUCUCCAGCUCCAGGGCCAAUGCUUAAAUAUAUGUCAUUUUUUACUGUAUUAUAAAAAUCAUAUGCCCAGCAGCUCUGAUAAAUGUGUUAUUCUGCAUAAUGUCUAAUGGAUUUUGCAGUAAACAGUGAUCAAA